AUGAUAAAUACUUAGUAAAUAAUUUCUUUGUUUCAUAUUGACUUCAUCAAGACAAGAUAUCAAAGAAUAAGAAGAUAUAAGGUUGUUUUACUCAAUUUUCCCAAGCAAUAGGAAAAACAAACUGUUGAUAUUCAUUUCAACACUAUAAGGCCAUUAGAAAAAAUAAGCUCCAGGUUCUUGCUCAGAAUCAGAAGUGUUGUUCAUUAGAAUAAUUAAUAAUUUUCAGUAUUGUUUUGCCUAAAAAGUAAACAAAUUUUCUCUACUUUAUAAUAAAAGAGAGACAGAUGGAAAUAAGGUUAUCUACAGAUUUAAUGA